CAACCCCGAGAAACGACGCUUUGCCUUGCUUGCUUGCGGUUCUCCCUAGCCAAUCUCUACCGAAGCCUAAGAUCACCAGUUAUCACUGUUGUCAUGCCACCUCCCUUUCCCCUAGGUGGAUACAAAAUCCAGGAGAUCACUCGAACCCAGCUUUUGGAUGCAAUACAUUGCGCUCCAGUUGUCCAUGAACAGGAAGGUGCAGUUUUAGUACGAGUUCAUGAAUCUGCCGUGCUAAAAUACGGUAAUGGAGUGUCCCUAGCCGAGGCGAGAAAUAUAAGAUUUGUUCGUAAGAGAACAAGGAUACGAGUGCCCACUAUUUUUGAUGCAUGGGAAGAGCGAUCUGAGAUAUACAAUGGCGAGGAACAAGUGGUGGGCUACCUUCUGAUGGAGUUUAUCGACGGUAACCCCUUGUGUGACAUCUGGCCAACACUCACCAACGAGGUCCGGAACUCCAUCUUUGCCCAAAUUGCCGACUAUCUCCGUGCAAUUCAUACCAUCGAGAUGGAAAGACCAGGGCCAGUCGGUGGUGGCGUCUCGCGCGGGCCGCUCUUUACUGAUUACGGCGCUGGGCCAUUCCUGACUGCUCAGCACAUGGAAGAUUGGUUUAAUGAGCGUCUCCUCGUGUGCAAAGAAUUCAAUCGUGUUUCGUAUGACCACCCUGGAUUCUCCGGCAAAUUCCGCAAGCUUGUUAUGUGCCACAUGGACGUCGCUCCUCGCAACAUGAUACUUGAUCGUGAUGGAAAGAUUUGGCUACUCGACUGGGCCCAGUCGGGUGGAUAUCCUGCGCUGUUUGAAACAGCCGCGCUCCUGAGAACUGGUAAUCGCGAAUUUACACAAGGGCUAUUGAAAUAUAUUGAUGAUUACCAAGAGGAAGCAAAGGAUUUGCUGAAGAUUGGUUUUGCUUUGACGACGGCAGCAUGGACUAAACCAUCUGGCCAUGUACCGCAGAUAACUUGGAGUAACAGGACAUAG